AUGAAGUUCAUAUCUCUUUAUUUUCCAGAUAAAAUGACUAAGAAGGACGACUCUAACGACAGUGUACUAAACAAUGUUAGUUCCCCUGCGACAGCCAGAUAUGGGAACUCCAGCGAAGAAAUCACGCAACUUCUGCAAGCUUUAAAUCAUGAAAGGGCGCUGUACAACAUCCCUGCCAUGAUCUGGGUGUCGCUUCUCAUGGUUGUCGGAGUAGUGGGCAACUCUCUAGUGGUCUAUGUGUACAGAAGGCGCUUCAAGAAGACGUCCUCUAAUUAUUUCAUUCUAUCCAUGGCGAUAUUUGAUUUGAUAGCGUGUCUUGUAGGCAUGCCAACAGAAAUAUACGACCUCAACAACCCGUACACGUUUUACAGCUCUGCAGGCUGCAAGAUCCUUCGAGGCUGUGAGGUGUUCACUGUGUAUGGUUCCGCCACGGUUCUAGUAGAGAUUGCCUUUGAUCGUUAUUUCAAGAUCUGCAGGCCACUUAUGGUUGUCAGCUUGUCUAGAAUUCGAAUGUUAUGUCUUCUUGCUGUAAUCCUUGCCCUAUUGCUGUCCAUCCCACCGUUCGUUUUGUUUGGCAUCAACCGCGUCAAAACAUCUCUGCCCAUGGUUGAAGGAUAUGACUGUUCAAUAGCAAUGCACUAUAAAGAUUCCGUUUUUCAAACUGUCCACUACAUCAUAUUGGGUGUGUUGAUACUGCUCACCUUCAUAUCUUUGACAGCAAUCUAUAUCCGUAUCUGGAUGGAAAUUCGCUGUCGGCGUCAUCUUUUUAUCGGUGAUCAUAUCAAAAAGGAAUGUGAUUCUGAUUCAAGACCACGGCUGCGGAUUAAAUACGUGCCCAGCGUCAGCGAAGACGAGUCCAUGAACAAUUCAGUCUACGCUAACGGCAACAAUAUGUCUAUGACACAACUACAGAUGAACAACAGCAAAAAAUCGUCCAGUUCACAAAACACCCUGAACUCACUAGAGCGCCGAUCUAAGUUCAGCUCCCUUGCCAGUUAUGCUUCUAGACUUAAGGUUACCAGAACCACUAUAGUCCUGUUCGCGGUAACGGUGGCGUUUGUCUUGAGCUACCUCCCAUCUAUAGCUGUGAUGUUGAUACGAAGUACUGUGAAGGACUUUGACGAGAAUCAAAGCAUUGGUGCUCAAGUUGUAGCAAAAAUAUUCUCUAACUGCUUCUUCAUCAAUCAUGCCAUCAAUCCCAUUAUCUACAGUUUUCUAAACAUUCACUUCCGCCAGCAAGUUCAGAAAACAUUUCAGCGCAUUUUCUGCUGCUUCUGUUAUAAAAGAAAGUCCCCCCAAAAGAUGGAUUCAGACAGAAGUACAAAAAAGGAGUUCUUGACAAGGGACUAG